ACCUGAGCCUGUACUGGGAGGUGGGGUUGUGGAGGUCUAUAUUCACGUCCUGAGCAAUGCACUGUGGGUUUAAUGGCCUCGCGGUAUUCAACUUGCCAACCACUAGGUAGGCCACUGUUCGGUGCCACCCCUGGUGAACACGCGGUCGCAAUUGUACGGCGCGACCAUCUUCUCAAGUUAGAGAUGGCCAAGAAGGCAGCUGUAUGAAUCUGACACAUACUCUCGACAUGCAGGGGCACCUUCAGAACGGAGGUGACAUGGGGUCCAUCCCGUCCCAGCCUCCAAAAUGGUUCCAAUGGAGUCCUUUAACUGAAGGCUACGGCUUGGUCCUCAACACUCCCUUCAUCAUCGCCACCUUCUCUCUUUUUAUCUGUCACACAAUCUCUCGCUCAGCCAAUUCUAUUAUCUCUCAGUCUAUCGUAUCCCUGUCAACAGGAUGGCUCGCGGAAAAUCCACAGACAAAGCCUCUACGGUCGCUACAAAGAGCCCUAGCAAGGAGGUGGUAUUGAAGGAACCUCCCAGUUCCCAUCAAUAUGGGCGUUCCAAUUGCUCUGGCAAGACAUCCGACAGCUUCGCUCGACAGGAGAGGCAGUCAGCGGAGAGAAAAGACCGGGCAGGAUCCCGGGCUCAGACUCCGACGAAGCCACGAGGCACUCGCAACUCCAAAAAAACCUCUGCUCAAAAUCCGGUACACGGGACCCUCUCGCCUGUGGCAGUCUCUCCCGCAGAAAGCCAUACCUCAUAUGACUCCGCUGACAGUGAUGGUUAUCCGUGGUCCACUCCUGAGCGGUCUCAUGGAAAUUCCUCUUGGGGAGGGACGGCUAGUACACCCUUAACACCACCAACAACCGGAAGACAUGCCGAAGAAAAAACCCCUAUCCACCUGAAAUCGCCACUGCCUCGGGCUAAAAACCUAUCCAGGAAACAAGCCGGUGAUGCAAGAGUGCCAGUUAGCAAAGAAGAUUCUGAAAGCGGUCAUGAAGACGAAGAAUUUGGCAAGAACCCCAAACCAUCCAGGAGGUUGUUCCAAAACAUACCGGGAUCCAAGCCGACGAACGAAAACAAGGAUAAUGGUGCAGGACCGGAAAUUAAAUCAGACGGCUUGCGUGAGUCUUCACUGCUCGGUUUCAUUAUCCCUUUCGAUGUUCACAAGCGAUAUUCGGAAGCCCGCACAACAUGUGUAGCUACUACAGUUAAGAAGCCAUAUAAAAGGUGCGAGAAACGUCGAGCUCCAAAAGAAGAUGUAUUACAGAAUGCUUUUUUAUCUCUCCGGAACUGUUUCACGUACUAUCAGGAGAGGAGAUACGAUGAGUUCUGGAAUAUCCUUGAAAACUUCGUGACAACGGCACUCUGCCAUUCGCAUCGCAAGACGGCCAUGAAAGAGCGCAAAAUGGAGGCAGUGGAGGCAUACAUCAAGCGGCUGUCAAACGACAAAAAACACGCCACUCUUCCGGACGUCACUCCAUGUUUCACCACCAGCGAGUUUGAGGCGUGGAUAGAGGCUAUUUCCGAUUCAAUCGGCGCGGACCCGGAAACUGGAGCCACCUCUACGAUUAAGUCCAACGUCAAUUUGAAGGAUGCCGACCAUAAGACUACGUUGUCCCCAACAUUUGAUAGGCCUCCGCCUCUUAGGACGGAUUCUUAUCCGCUCGAGAUCAUAGGUCUGUGGCAGCCGAAAAAGACUAUAGGUAUGCCCGUUAAUGAAGCGAUUUUCGAAGUCAUCUGGCGAACGUGGCGUCCGAAGAAACAAGAGAACGGCUUUAUAUACGUUCUCGCACAUCAUAGUAGACCUGGUUAUCGAAAGAUAGGGUACAGCAAGGACUCUGGGACGCGCAGGGGGCGAUGGGAUGCGGAUUGUGAUCGUCACCAUGCCGAAGUCUCCCUGCCCGAAAAUGGAUAUGUACUCCAUGCUGAACGAGUUGAAAAGCUUAUCCAUGCCGAGCUAAAAGAUGUGCGAGUGAAAGUAAAGUGCGACAGAUGCAACAGGGAACAUACCGAAUGGUUUAAGGUUACAGAAGAACAUUUGAGAAAGGUCUUUGAAAAAUGGAAGGAAUGGAUCCAGCAACACCCAUACACGCAAGGCGUUGGGAAAAUUUGGAUGCUUAAAGCGGACAUGAUCGCACAUCUAGAGAAGGAUUGCGAACCAGUGAAACUCGAGAAGAGCAUGGAGCGACGACUUGCCAUGGCUAGGACCAUCAAGGUGGAAGCCAGUACAUGACCAAGACUGGAGCAGACGAAGAAAGAGCUGGAAGCCGGUCGUGGCUUUGGAGUCCCGGAUCAACGUCCUUGCCAUGCACGAAGAACAACAACCCUGGGAACUCCUGAUAUUGAGGGGUCAGAUCUUCAAGCAGAUGAACGAUCAAUGCCACUAUUACCAUCCGGGAGCAAGAAACUACCAAUAACGCCGUCAAUGAUAUCCAACUAUGAAAAAUUGUCCUCAGACAUUUCCUCUAGAUAGCAGAGAGCUACAAUCGUUCGACCACCCGUGGACGCGAUCAGGUAUGCUGGCCUGUAAGAACAAAAGUUUGUAAUCGUAAGCAGGAGAAAGGGCACGCGACCUGCUUCGAUCCGUUGGCUUUUUGAAUUUCCUCGAGAUAUCAGUGUAGGACUGUUUUAUAUUACUAUGUAUCAUCGAGGCUGUGAGCAAUG